CAAAACAAGGCUUCUCUUUUCUCUGCUGGAGGCUGUUUACUUUCCAACUUUUGGAGGCAAUGACCUUGUUCUUCUUGCCAGAAGCCCAAGCAAGAGGUUUGAAGAAAAUUUUACUUUCCCCGCGAAGCUUUGCCAAGUGAAGGAAUAACUAAAUCUAAACUACGCCAGUUUUCAUCGCUGUGGAGAGGAAAUGAAUGAAAUUUACAAGAUCUCUUCAACUGAGAGGAUCCAGCAGGUGGAAAAAGAAUUAGCUGCACAGCUGAUUGAAUUGAAGACAGAAAUAGAGGGAAAUCGGGGACUACAAGAAACAGUGUACUGCUCUGUUCCCUUUCCAAAAGAUGUUGAGUACUUCAGAAGAGAAAGGGAGUUGGCACUCAAUAAAUGUUUACAGGUUGCAGAGGCAAAGCCUCUUGUAAUUCAAGCUGAUGUCAUACAGAGGGAGUUAGAGAGCUGUCUAAAAAGAGAAUAUACAUCUGAAACCUUGCCUUUAUUGCUACACCAGUUUUUUACAGACAGAAUUACACAAUUGGUGCAGAGCAAAUACUUGCACAUGCUCAGAUGGAAAAGGUUUUGUCAGCACAGCAGUGUUGUUGAACAGUUCUAUUCGCUCUACCAGAAACAAGUGGCUCACAUCAUGGAGGAGUAUGAUGAUGCUGUUCAAAGAGCUGUGAGACUGUCAAGUGCACGGGAGAACUUCCUGACAGGAAAGACAAAUCCUGGCAAUUUAAUCACCCAGGAAGACCUGGCAAUUUACACACAAUGGCUCAUAUGUCACCUCCACUCACUUAAGACUAUUCACAACUACCUCAAGGUACUCCAAUACUUGCCUGUUUCUCACAGGAUGGAAGUGGGCAUUGACAGAGCUCCACCCUGGAAUGAUGGGGAAACAUUCAGAACCCUCCCCAAAAUGGAAUUCUUGUCCCCCAACAUUCACUUUCCUGUUUGCUCUGGGACAUCCACCACCAAUGGAACCUUGCUGAGAGAUGCAUUCUCUUCACUUCCCCAGCACAAUGCAGAAACUGAAGAACUGAAGCCUCAGCUGAGACUUUUGCUGUCUCAGUUAGGUAUCAGCUAUGAUGUGGAAGACCUCAGGCAUUCUGCUAAUGAGAUGGAACUCUUUUCCAUGGUCACACGUAAGUUUAGAAGCAUUUUCAGUGAGCAGCAGACAAUGAGGACAUUCCCUGUUUAUGAUGUUGGAAUGCCUGGAUUGGAAGCUUGGGGUAUAGCAGGCCCCCACAUGUCUUUGAAAAAGAGAGCCAAUUGGAUUCCCUAUAUAAAGAUUAAAGCUAAACAAGACCCCUGGCAACAAAAGCUCCUAAUGAAACUGAGACAAUCAAAAAAGGUGGAUGGACUCUUGCUGCUUCAGGCAAAGUUUUUAGAGGUUUCCAACAUGGAGUGGGUGAUGCAGGCUCUCCAAGAGCAAGCAACAGCGAUACCGCAGCCAAAGCCAAUGACGUCAGUUUCAAUGACUUCUUUCAAUUCACAACAAUAUGAAGAAAUCUGGGAAAAGAUUUAUUGCAGCCCAGAAUUCUACCAGGAAAAACAAACAAAUGGAGAUUAUGAUAGCCCUGCCAAGGCAACUGAUAAAAGAGUCAUGGAAGAUGGCAGCCUUAAUGAAGGGUACAGUUUUUCAAGAAAGAAAAAAGAUGCCAGUUACACAACCACCUUGCAACUGCUUGGGUUAGAUGAGGACACAGAAACUAACAGCCUGGACCUUGGCCCAAGGAAAGGAGCUUAUUUGUCUCUCCUUUAUUUACGUCACUUGAGAAUCAGACAACUGCAGCGAAUUUGCCUGGGAAUCCUCAACUACUUCAGAUCUAUUGAAAGGUCACUAACAAUCAGCACCUCAGGUCUUGCCCUGAAUGCUGGCCAUCUGGUUUCUACUGCUGAAGACUCCUGUUGGGUAAAUGCAGCCAAAGGAGGCACUGGUGACUGUAGUGGUCUUGGUUCUCACUCCUAUGUGCAUUAUACACCAGCAGACUAUAAGGUUCAUAGUGUGAAAUUUAUGGAGUUUUCAGAGAUAGAGAAUCAUGAUGAUUUUUACACUACAGAAGAGGUAUAUAUCCACACACAGGAUCAGAGAGGGGUUUUUGUGAUGUAUGAUGUUGCCCUGCAGGACCUGAAGAAACUAGAAAAUCAGCUUUUGCUUGUGGCAACCCAGUACAUAGAAGCAGAGAAAGGCCAUAAAGCCAACAGUGAUUCCUGUAAUAGCAGCCGCUCAGACUGGGCACAUACAACAGUGGAUCGAGCUGCAGUACUGCUUGACCUUUGGACAUGUGAAGCAGCUUUCUUAGAAAAUAAAUGGCAGCUGCUGGAUAGUUACUUUGAAGCAUACCAACAUGCUCUAGAUCCAGAAGAAAGAUUUUCUUUGGCUCAAGUCAUAACUGACAUCAUGUACAGACGCCCUCGGUUUGAUUUCCAGGCUGGAUAUUUUCUAGACAUCUAUAAGGAUGAGUGCACUUGCCUAAGGCUUCAUACACAGCUGGUGAGGGAUGUAAUAAACCAACAGGUAGAUAAGCAACGUAAUUACAACCAUAAGAUUUGGCGUGAUGGCCCCAAAGGUGGUAUCUCUGAAUUUGGUUUUCCCCCCUAUAUAAUUUCAAAACAAUUAAUUGCUCUUAAUAACAGCCUCAUAGCUUCAAAGAACACUUACUUAUUGGAAUUCCACCCCUCCCUUGGACUGGUGUCUUUAAUUCCAAAGGCUCUGGGUCACGUCCUCCAAGAGUUCCAGCAAAUCAGUAGGCUAAAGACAGCCAGCGAGGCAAUUAAACUGGAGAAGCAAGUCCUUCAGCUUGCACUAGACACAUGGUUCACUAUGGAAAAUCCGGAGUCCCUUUAUGGUCUUCAGAUUCAGAAAGAUUUAUUCACAGAUAUUCUGGUUGAAGACCCUUCUGUUGUUAGAGAGAUUGUUACAUCAGCACUGAAAUCCGUAGCAGAGGAAGAACAGAAACGGAGCAAAGAAAAACAAGAUUUAAUUCUGAAUGUCUUCUCAAGGCUCCUUGAACUUCUCAUCCUUCGCCAUCGAUUGAUAGAGGCAGCAGUGGAGAGUGCACAGCUGGGCAGGCUGUAUAAAGAAUUUGCUGGAGAAAUGGGUUUUGAUGAGUUCCAUUUGUACUUACGGCCUGUUUACUUUGAAUUUGCAACUCACAAAGAGAAAGUAGAUCAGCUGCCAUCAGUAUUUCUUACUUCCCUUGGAGAGCAACAUGACAGCAGUGUGGUGGAUAGAUACAUUCCAUCCAGUAUAAUGUUAAACAUCCAGGAUAUUGACAAUCAGAUCGGGAAAUUUAGCUUUUGCACAAGAGAGAGCAUUCUCCAGCUACUACUAAAGCCCUAUGGAAUGGAAAAUUUGCAGAUCGCUCUUGCUUGCCAAAUCACUCAUAAAAACACAGUCCUUGUCGCUGUUCAACAGGCUGCAUUUUGCCCCAUGGUGCAAUCCACACAAACUGUGGGCAUGAGGGAAGGAAGCCUAAGUCUGAGGAGUCAAAACAGCUCAAUGGGUGGAAAGAGUCCAGCUGGCUGGAAGGAAGCGGAAGACCAAUUGAUGGCCACUUCACGGCUGAUGUCAUACGCCACAGGGCGUUUUGUACCUGGACAGAACACUUUACUGAGGCUUCCAGAUGCUUUUGUUUCAAUUCAGUUGGAGAAACAGGGUCCCCGGGACAUGAUGCUAAACACAUUCAUUCAAAAGAAACGAAUCUUGGGAAGCAGAAUGCAAAACCCAGAGGAAGUUGAAAAAGUCAGAAGAGAAGUUAUUAUUGACUACUGCCACAGGAUGAGCCAUCGUAUAUCACAAUAUUCUCUUCGAGGUCAGAUAAUUGCAUACUGCAACAGUACAAAAGCUAUGCUAGACAAUUUUCCCAGUGUGAGGGCCCAAUACUUCAUUAUAGGCUUGCCGCAAGAGAAGAAAGGAGAAAAGGAAAAGCCUGAAAAUGAUCCCAGAUCAUUCCAGCCACGGCCUCGUUCUUUGCUGUCCUCCGAUGGACAAUCCUUCUUGAAUCUGUGGUUUGUUCCUCACCCUUCAGAAGUGCUAUUUGUUUUCAGAAUGCUACCAGAGAAGACUGCUUCCCGAGCCUUGAGACAGACCCUUCAGAUUGUAGCAGCUCUUCACGACAUUAUUUCAUACAUUUUUAGUUUUGCUCAGCUAGGGAAUGCGCCCUGUUGCUUUGAUUACCUGUGCCCUUCUGAGCAUCUCACUGCAGACUGGGGAGGGACUGAAUGGAUUGGAAAUGAGCUCCAAGAACUGCAGAAAAAGAUAGACUGCCUUCAGAAUCCCUCAGAUCCAGCUAAAGUGGCUCAGAUGUUGAGCAUGCACCGAGAACUUCUGUUUCUGCAGUUUGAUGCAGCUGUGAGACAUUCUAUGCGAAAAAUGUUUUUAUCAUCUGGGAAUGUUAACGCCUAUCAGAGCCUUACGGACAACAUGUACCAUGGGUUGCCUCCUCUGAGUAAUGCCAUUGUUGGAAGCCUGUUUGGUUCCCAGCUCCGGCUCCCACAACCACUAGAUCCACACAGCCACAGAGCAGAGAUGUUGUUUCCCUGGAGAACAUUCCUGGCAAACAGUGGCCCAUUUUCUGUCACUAUUGACAACUUAAAUCCCAUAAAUUAUUGCAUGCAGUUAUGUUUAUGUGGGCUGAAUGAUGAAGAUCGAAGAGUAGCUCAUGGUGAGUUGGCUGGAAUGAAGUUUAUAAUGGAGGAUGUAGUUUGGAAUAACCAUGAAAUCCUGAGUGAUCAACGAAAGCGACAAAUAUCUUUCCGAGAGAACUCGGAAACAAUAACUGAAGCAAGGAGAAAAGCUUUGUCAGCACCACUGGAGCCGCCUGAUCCAGUGGCUUCGUGUGCCCUACAGAGAUCGUACCUGAUUCUAUGGAAGCAGCUGGAAAUUUUAAAGGCAGAAUGGGGAAGACUUAAAUUGAAAGUUGAGGAUAUCAACACAGUUCCUCUGCAUAAACAAUUUUCUGAGCUAUAUGGUACUGAAGUUAUGUCCCCAGCUAUGAAAUCCUUAGCCAGGCAUAAGGGCAUAGAAGAUGAUUCUGAAAGAUUUGGAACUACCCAUCUCUGUAUACUUCCCCCUGAAGAAGCUUCAGAAGUUGAGAUAAAAAUAUACCAGCUUCAAAAACUCUUGGAAAGCCUACAAAUACAUAUGAUCCAUGAUGUACAAAAGAAGAUUAACAAAGAGAUAACACUGGUUAUAUCAGAAAAAGCAAGAGAAGAGAGAAACCUCCCUAUAGAGCUCUGGAAGCAUCAUAGCAUGCAAGCAAGCUUCUCUGUCACAAGACCAGAAGUAGCUGAGUCAUUUAUACAAAGGUUAAUGGAAAAUCACCGAGAAACUGAUACAGAGAUUGCCUUUCAGAAAGACCACUUUGAAAAAUGCCUGAUUGCUCUAGGAUGUGAUAUCAUGGCCAGAGAGCACAGUAACUUUGAAACCUAUUCCAUGUUUUAUGAAAACAUCCUCCGCCAACAGCAUCAGCUCCUCUAUCAGAAAGAACAGGAAAUACAUGCGAUAGAAGAUAAGGGAGAAAAUUCAGAAUUAGGUCUCAGCCAGGUAGCAGAACUGUGUCACGAGACAAUCAUGGAGGUAACGGCUUUGCGAGCUAGGCUUGCUGAUCUGCAAGAAGAAGGUUGCAGCCUCAAAGAGAAGAUAAGAAAAGAAACGCAGGAAGAGUAUGAAGCAUUAGUGCAAAAUAUAUUCAUGGUGUGCCUGCAACUCAAAGGGACAGUGGAUGAACAUCGCCUAAGUAUGAGCCAGCGAAUAUUAGAGAUCAUUAGUGAGGUGAGGAAGGAAGGAGUAGACAAAAUGAUUAACUUGAAGAAAAAGUUUGGCUCCACAAAAGAUAACAGUGCUCUCAAGGAACAUUUAGAACAGCAGGAACAGUUGCAGGAGUUACGGAAUGAAAACAGCCAGUUGGGCCAGCUGGUAUGCAAACUGAAAACCAUGAGCUGCUGGAAAGAGAUGGCAGAAAGAGCACGACUACUGGCUACAGUGAGAGAGGCCGAGAAGGAGGCCAUUCAAAAUAAAAAAGAAUGCCUGAAAUCCAAUAUGAUAUCUGAACAAGAAGCAAUUUUAUUUCGUCAGCAGCUGCGGGCUGCGAGGAAAGCCUUGGCACAGACUCAGGCAGAGAAUAAAAGGUUGAAGCAACAGCUAGACAAACAGGGGCAUCUAUUACAGGAGGCAGAGCAUAAAAUGAAUCAAGAAAUUCGACAAAGGCAGCAGCUAGAUCUGAUUAAGACAACAAACCUGGAAAAGAUGCUGGAAAACCUUGGAGGGAGAGAACUGAGCCUGCAGCACAUGACAGAAGCAGCUGAGAAAUCCUCUAAGAUAAGGCAGCUUCACGAAAAAAGAGUUCAGAAAGAAAUCCAGCAAGUAAGAAGCCAAUUGGCACAGGAGCGCAGUUUAAAACAGAAUGCAUUCCAGCGGGUCGAUGAAUUACAGUAUCAGCUUUAUGACUUAGAAGCUGCAGCUUCACAGAGAAGUUUCCCUGCAGCAGGAAGAAAAAGAUUUUCCCAUCUUUCACACAGUGCUAGCAGCACACAUAACUCUUUUUCAGGUAUUCCUUCAGCAAGCCAGAAAACAGGGAUAUCAGUAGCCACUAGAGACUUCAGGAAGCAUGUUUUGACUGCAAACCCUUUGAGAAACAGCAGUAUAAAGUCAGAAAAAAUUUCAAGACCCAAGACAGUACCCUCUGGAGGGAGAAAAAGAGUAAUAGAUGUUCUCCUGCCAGACCUCAUAAGAGAUGGUACCCUACUCUGUGGACAGAAGGCAUCUCAAAAAUAACCUGCUUCUUGCUUUUGAAAAGGUCACACCAUUUUAGUUACCAGUUUGACUGCAUGAUUUUAAUUGUACUCGAUAAUUUAUUGCCAGUCAGUAAUGAAAAUGGGAUUAUUUAAGGUGUAAACCUGUACUCUUGGGUCUAGUAGUCUCAAUUACUUGACUAGGAUUUACUUCUAAAUGAAUAUGUAUAAGAGUGUAAUGUUGUGUAUUAGGUUUGUACUACUGCUAAUGAAUCACUUUCUACUAGUGUUUCUGCUGUACUUUUAUAGUGCCAAAUCAGAUAAAAAGAUUUCUGUCAGCUGUGGAAGUCUGUGAGUGCUUUUACAUUGACAUACAUUGGAUUGAGCAACCUUUCUAUCAAAAGCCACAUACUAGU